UUAGGAAACUCGGUACAAUCAGUACAACUUUUCCAGCACACUCGAAAGUCGUGGGUUUUUUUUUAUUUUGAUAAAUUUUAUAUAUAUGUAUAUAUAUAAUUUGUUCCAUAUUGUGACUGAGGCGCUCUUUCGAGAUGAGUGUAAAUCGUUAUAACUUCUCGCUAACCACAUUCAAUCCGGCUGGCGAGCUGAAGCAGGUGGAGUAUGCCAAUAAUUGUGGGUCGAAGGGUGCGCCAACUGUGGGGAUCAUAACGAAGAACGGACUCGUUUUGGCCACAGAAAAGAGAAUCGACUCAAAGCUUACGAUCGGACGUACUGUCAAGAAGCUAGAGAAGAUAAGCUCGCAUAUGGCGAUGGCCUAUUCCGGCAUGGCUCCAGAUUUUCGCAUACUCUCAAAGAUGGCCCAAAAGACGUGCGCCGCAUACAGCUUGGUCCAUUCGGGUAUUGUGCCUGUCGACGGCAUGGCGAUGGCCGUUUCCAACACCAUGCAGGAGUUCACCCAAUCCUGCGGGGUCCGUCCAUUCGGACUAUCCGUCCUGCUAGGCGGCUGGGAGAGGGGGCGUGCACGUCUCUUUCGCUUGGAUGCCGCUGGUUCGCUUCUGCCCUUUAGAGCCUGUGCCGUCGGCAAAGAUGCAGAGCAACGCAUGGAAUUUCUGGAACGCCACUAUGCUCCGAGACUUACUAUGGAAGCCGCCGUAUAUCUGGCCAUUCAGGCAAUCAGGAUGGGUGACGAGCAGUCAUUGCCGGCCCAGCAUUUCGAAAUUGGCAUAAUCGAUAAGACUGGCUUCAGGCGCCUGGACAUAGCGACAAUCGAGUCCUAUUUAAUGAAUAUGAACUAAGUGUCAGCAACACGACGGAAAUCUAACGCAGCUCUUUUAGUGUGCAAGUUUAUAGUGUGAUACCUGGGAAUGAAACACAUUUAAUUUGAUCACGUUUUCGGUACUUACAAAAACCUUUUCAAUAUUAUGCAGUGGCAAUUAAUCGUGGCUGGAUAGACUUUUAGUUUCAACACUAUUGGUAAGUGAUUGGUCGACAAAUCAAAACGGAACGAUGGAUCAAAAAUUGAGCAAAAACAAUAAAACACGAGCAUUCUCUCAAGCAAACGCUGCAUAAUCCGCGCAUCAAUCAAUCAAUCGUUAAUACAAUUGUGUGAUAUAUAAUUAUUUGUACCAUAUUUUAAAAGCAUUUGGAUAGUUUAAACAUUAUUUCAAGCAAACGCCACAAACUAAUUAUCAAUCGAUCAAUCAAGGUCACACGUCAACUUCAAUAAAUCAAUUGAUUGACAAUCAAUCGAAUGCACAAUAAUAAGUGUUUGUAUAACAUUAGCAUUCAUUCAAGCAAACAAUUUAAUCGUCAAUCGAUCAUCAAUCAAUCUAAUGUAAUAUACUAAUGUUAAUACUUUCAACCUUGCACAAGCCACAAUGGAAUGAAACGCAUUUUAUUUGCGAUCUGUUGCAUCCGAUUUGAUGCAUUGUUUUGGAUUACACUUAAGGGUUGCCAGUAGCAUAGCCAGAAACUAGCCAAACGGAAGCUCCACAAUGCAACGCCAUAAUCAGACCAAAGGGGAUGACCGGGUGGAGAUGUGGACAACGAUGGGAAAAACUCGCACUCUGUGUGCCUUUCCGUUUGCCGAUGUGUCAAGUGGCGCUUGCCGGGCUGCUUGACCAGAGACCCGGCUAACUGGUUGCCGAUGCCGGGGCUAGGCGUUGGCGUUGGCGUUGGCGUUUACCUGGCGACCAGAGUUGUCGUGUUUUUGUCUCCCGGCAUCCUUUAUUUAUAUAUUUUCUUGCCUGCGUUUUGGUUCCACAUUUUUUUUUUAUACUUUUAUUUCAUUUGCCUUCAAUGCAAUUAUACUGGAUAAAUAUCUUCUUCCGUUUUAGCUGUAAUUACAAAAGUUUAAUUGAG